CUUCGAUUCAUCACUAUCUACAUAUCGUUACCCAAAACAAUCACUCACCUUGACACCACAUUCCACACCCCAAACACGCCAAAUAUCACAAUGGGAGCCCGCGACAGGAACAAGAACUUCGGCGCGUAUGACCAGAACGACAUCGACAGGCUUAGGGGCGUUCCGCUACCCGAAAAGAUCAAAUGUGGCCGCUGCAACAAGAACUUCAACCACGCCAACUUCUCCACCAAGCAGCUUACCGAUGCCCGCUUCCAAAUCAGGAACCAGGGCCGAAUCGUGAAGAACCCAAACUGCCAGCGAUGCACCGGCAAGCAAGUCGUCGAGAUCGAGUGCAUCAUGUGCCACAAGACGCAGGGCUUGGAGGCUUUUGCCAGGGUUCAGCGCAAGAACCCCAGCGACGCGAAAUGCUACAAAUGCAUGGAUGAGCAAGUGGCUCUAGCCGCUGUUGACGACGACACGUACGAGGAUCCGAAGAAAGCCUUCAUAACACCUGACCACUCGCGCGGCCGUAUUCCUGAGUACUGGACGUCCUCUUCGGCCUCAACAGACGACUCCUUCUCUACAGCUGGUGACAAUGACAGCGAAACGACUUACAACGACAGUAUUCGUGACGAUCUUGACGGCGGCGGUAUCUCCUUGUCAAACCACUUCCGCCACACUUUGUCUGUGUCUGGUUCUGUCCCCGAGACCCUGAUCGAGACCGAGUACGCGCUCCCCGCUGCUGAUCAUAGCUGGAGUGAGGUCUGCACCAAGUCAUGGCACACCAAGUCUGUCACUGCCACCAGCUCCGGCUUCAACCCAAACAAGUACGGCAACCCCAACGCCAGUGCUACAGCUUCCUCUAGCAGAUCCGUACACUCCUUCGCCUCGAGCGUGGCCGAACGAUCUGAUUCGUCUGAGAGGAUUGAGACUCGCGCCAGUGGUUUUGCAAAGGUCAGGGCUUUUAAACCCUCGGCUCCACUGAAAGACGACACGUCGUCGGAGUCAGAGGAGGAAGAGGUUGACGACGGCAGUGAUGAUGACGACGACACUGUGAUCUAGGGUUUUCGGGUGUGCAUACUGGGUUUGCUUUUCUCUGGCCGUAUUGGGGUCGUCCACAGUCAUAACAUUCGUGGAGGGGCGCCUACAGGCAUCCUGGGACUUCCAUUCUUUAGCAAGAACGAGGAUAUUAGUCUCUAUGGAGCUAACUGGAUUUAAUAUCAAAAGCGUAUUUUGAUGAAUUUGAGGCAGUAUGCGGGAUUUCGAAUAGGUCAGAUAAAAUCCGACUUUGAU